UUGUGAUUGCACAGACACUCACACACACACACACACACACACACUCAUUCACGCACGCACACACACAGAAGCGUAGCUGAGAGGCAAGGACUGCAGCAGCAUGCACCAACCACGGCUGAGCUGUUCAGGGACUUGAGGAAGGAGAAGUGAGGAGAGAAAAUAGUGGACUAUCUCACACCAGCCUGCAUGUGCAUCUUUGCAGCGGUAGGAACGAUGCAUUUCAAGAGCGGACACCUUAUGUUAUCCGGCCUCCUCUGCACUGCCUCUGCAUCCCAUUCACCCUGCUCCUCCCACUCCAACUCUUCCUCCUCCUUGUGUCUACAGCAUCAUUAGACAGGACUACAGAUUGACCGGGACUGGCGAGUGGUGGAUGGUCAGGUUUUGCCCCGGCUGAAGGAUUCUGCUAUGCUACACACACAUCACUGAUGGUUGGAUUGUAACUGACAUUUGGAGCUAGACGAUAACACACGACCUGCGAGGAAUCUUGGAUGUGCGUGUCAUUCUUUACCAGUGUUGUAAUUGGCGCAUUUCUUCUUUUUAGCCGGUUGUUUUUGCCAUCUCUGAGACUGGCUAGCAGGCACUGCAGCAUCAGGACCGCAACACCAUGAAUUGGUAGGGCAUGAGGACCCAGGGGCAACCCGAAGGAAGGGCUUGAGUGUUUCCAUUGCUACCAUUGCUGCUGAGGUGCUUAUCUUGAUUUUUUUUCCCAGAAAAGUGUGCCUGGUGGGGGCUGGGGUGGGUGGUGACAGCACAGGUACCUAGGCCCCUGCAGAGCAGAGCGGGUGGCUCUUGCGUAGAGGAGGUAGGCAGGACGUCCUGUGGAAAAGGGGGGAAGAAGGGCUGGCUCGAGCAUUGGGCUCCUGAUAGUGGCUAUUUUUGUCUCCUCUAGUUCAGUGAUUGGGACAGCGGGUGGAAGAGAAGAUGCUUAUGGCCCGAGACACAGCGCGGGAUGAAGCUCAAAAGCUACACAGGAAGUGGCUGAAGCACCAGGCCUUUAUGGCAGAACUGGCCCGCAAUAAAGAAUGGCUGGCCAAGAUAGAACAGGAAGGUCAGGAGCUGAUCCAGGAGAAACCUGAGCUCCGUUCAGUGGUGCAGCAGAAGCUGGAGGAGAUUAGGGAGUGCUGGUCUGACCUGGAGACCACGACCAAGGCCAAGGCCCGCCAGCUCUUUGAAAAUAACAAACCCGAGCCGGCAGUGAAGAGCUACUCAGACCUCGACAAUCAGCUCUCCCACCUGGAGCAGCAGCCCCCCCAGCUGGAACAGGCGCACCACCUGCCAACCUUCAAUGAACAGCUCCAGAAAUUUCAGGCUAUGGAGUCUCAGAUAGGGGACUUUUACAAGGAUGUGGGAGAGCUUGGAAGCUUGCAGGGGCUCUGCCUACCCCAGCGAGGGCUGAUGGCAGGUGACAAGGAGGUCGGCGAGCAGUCAGGCGAAGUGGAGACCCGUAUAGUCCGCCUCAUCGAGCCCCUGAAGGAGCGACGCCGCAUCCUGCUGGCUUCCAAAGAGAUGCAUCAAGUCGCCCAGGACCUGGAAGAUGAGAUACUGUGGAUUCAGGAGAGGCUUCCUUUAGCUACUUGUAAGGAUUAUGGAAACAACCUCCAGAGCGUACAGCAGUAUAUCAAAAAGAACCAGGCAAUCCAGAGGGAGCUGACAGGGCGGCGGGCUCGUAUUGAGGAGGUUCUUGAUCGGGCAGCAAUCAUUGCUUCACUGAGAACUCCUGAGGUGGAAUUUGUACGUGAGGGGGCGGGACAUGUACGCCAGCUGUGGGAGGUGCUGCAGCUGGAGACGGAGAGGAGGUCUGUGUUGCUGGAAGCUGCGCUACAGGCUCAGCAGUACUACAGCGAAGCAGCUAAAGUGGAAUCCUGGCUGUCAGGACAGAAGCUCAACCUGGCCAGCGAAGAAAAAGGCACAGAUGAGGCGAGCACGCUACAACUUCUGAAGACCCACCUGGCUCUGGAGCAAACCGUGGAGACAUAUGCAGAGACCGUAGGCAUGUUAUCUCAGCAAUGCCAACAUCUACUAGAACUAGGACACCCAGACAGUGAGCAGAUCACCAAGCAGCAGUCCCACAUAGACCGCCUCUAUGUGUCUCUGAAGGACAUGGUGGAACACAGAAAGAUGAAGCUGGAACAGCAGUACUGGCUGUACCAGCUCAACAAGGAAGUAGAGGAGUUAGAGAAGUGGAUCACUGAGCGUGAAGCAGUAGCCAGUUCCACUGAGCUAGGCCAGGACCUCGAGGAUGUCACGGUCCUUCAGGAGAGGUUCACCAAGUUUGCAUCAGAAACCAACAGCAUUGGCCAGCAGCGCAUGGAGCAAGUGAACAAAAUGGUGAACGAGAUGAUAGACUGUGGCCACUCAGACGCGGCCACUAUUGCUGAGUGGAAAGACGGACUGAACGAGUCGUGGGCUGACCUGCUGGAGCUGAUGGAGACCCGCAGACAAAUGCUAGCAGCAUCGCACCAGCUGCACAAGUUUUUCACCGACUGCAAGGAGGUCUUGGCUCAGAUCGCAGGGAAGAUGAAGCAGCUGCCAGAAGUGAGGGCGUGCCAAGCCAACAUUACCAAUCCAGCCACCCUGCAGAGACUCAUGCACUCUUUUGAGCAUGCCCUUCAACUUCUAGUUGCACAGGUGAGGCAGCUGCAGGAGAAUGCUGCCCAGCUGAGGACCAUCUAUGCUGGUGAGAAGGCUGAGGCUAUUAUGGUCAAGGAACAAGAAGUGAUGGAUGCAUGGAAGGAGCUGCUGAGCUCUUGUGAGGCCAGUCGUGUCCAAGUGACUUCAGUAACUGAUAAGGUCCAGUUCUUCUCAGUGGUGCGUGAAAACCUAAUGUGGAUGGAAGGAAUCAUGGGCCAGAUAGGAUGGGAUGAGCCAAGAGAUCUGACAGCUCUGGAGGGAAUGAUGAGACAACACCAGGAGCUGAAAGCCAAAAUAGAUGGGCGCAGCAAGACCAUACAGCAGUGUGCAGAUCUCGGCAAGAUCCUGAUUGCUGCUGGCAACCCUGCUUCAGAGGAGAUAAAAGAGAAGUUGGACAGUCUUCUGACUAAGCAGAAGGAUCUUGUUGAAAAAUGGGACAAACACCAGGAACGGCUGCAGCGCAAGCAAGAAAAAUUCCAGUUUGCUCAGGAGACAGUAAAAGCAGAAGCCUGGCUAAAGGCCAAGGAGCCGCUGAUCACUACCAGGCAUCAAGAGGGAGGAGUAGCCCAAGCCCAAACUGAUGAGGUUGAGCAGCUCAUCCUUCGCCACGAGGCCUUCCGCAAGGCUGCUGUAACCUGGAAAGAACGCUUCAGCUCCCUGCGCCAGCUUUCUGCUGCUGAGAAGAAAAAAGAGGAGGAGAAAAGGACCCCACUCUCCAGCCGAAGGAUGUUCCCAUUAUCUUGCCUGACUCCCAGUGUUCCCUCAACCAGUGCUACCUCUUCUUUCCUAAGGCAGACGGUACAGGCCCAAAUUGAACCGAAGCCCUUGCAGCCCAGUUUGGAUCUGGGUGCCACCUCUGCAAGCCAGAGACUGUCUUCAGCACUGGCCGGCUAUAGUCCAGUUAUAAAUGGAUCAGGCUACCACGGACUGGAUCAGGGCAGCGGGAAGUUGAUGGGUACUUCUUACCUUGGGAUGAACCACCCAGCAGCCGGAGGUGGGAGUGACUCUGGUUUCUCAGCACUGACCUCUCAGAGUGGUGGAGUAGACACCUCCACCUAUCUCGGUUUGAACCAUCAAACUGCUUGUAGCGCAGAAAGCUCUGGGUACUUUGGACUAACUACUGGGAGCAUGGGUGGGAUGCAGAAUCAUCUGGGCAGUGGCAGGUUAGGAAGUUCAGGUAACCUAGCUCAACAGCCAGGCAGUGGAGGUAUGGGAAGCCCAGGCUUUCUGUCUCAGCAGAAUAUGGGCAGUUCUGGAUAUCUGGCGCAACCGCAAAACAUCGGGACUUCCGGAUAUUUGGGACAGCAGCCAAAUUUAGGGAGUUCAGGAUAUUUGGCACAACCGUCCAACAUGGGGAGCUCUGGGUAUUUGGCACAACAGCCCAAUAUGGGAAGUUCUGGGUUUUUGGCACAGCAGUCUAAUAUGGGGAGUUCUGGAUACCUGGCACAGAAUUAUCAGAGCGCUGGCGGAUUGGGUAGCUCAGGCUAUCUGGCACAAAAUCAUUACAGCAGUGGAAGCCUGGGCAGCUCUGGAUAUCUGGCACAGAGUGGUGGCAUCAUGGACCCUAAAAUGGCAUAUGCAUGGCAGCACCUGAAAGCUGACUUCAUGCAGCCUAGAAUCAACCACAUCCACAAGGCUGUAAACCCUCUUCUCGAAGCCAGCAGAGUGCAGCGUGAACAGUUUGGCGACAUCCCGAUGGCAGACAUGAUGGGGCCAGAGUCAGGGCUGGAGCUCCUCCACGGCCGCCUCCAGAGAGAUCCCCGUGGCAGCCGCUCUGACCCUCAGAUGGACCAUCUGAGGAGAGAAAGGGAGUACAAGUUGGGCAGACAGACCUCCAGCGAACAGGAAAUUCAAGCGAGGCUGAAUGAGCUGCCGCUGAUUGUGCGGCAAGAGCGUUACCGGAGGCGCCUGGAGAGGCAGUCGUCUAGUGAACAGGAGGGGAGCGGCAAGCAGAGGCUGCAGAGGCAGGACUCGAGUGACCUGGAGGGCUCUGCUAAGGAGGGCUCUGACAAACGCUCAGGGGAGAAGAGAAAUACCAUGGCAGAGAUUGUAGAGCAGGUCCAGGAGAGAGAGGCAGCACAUGCACGAGGAGAGCCUUAUCGACCUCCUAGCAGCCUCUCAGCACCCGUGACCCGUUUUGAUGGACGUCCUCGCGCCCGAGACCGUCCCAAACCAAGGAGAAGGCCCCGUCCAAAAGAGCCUGAGGAGACUCGACGAUCCCGCUCAGCCCCGGCAACUGGAGCCCCAACAACACCCCAGCCACCUUCACACACUGCCCACAACGAAGGUUCCCUCUACCGGAAAAAGGCCACCAGCUCUGACCUUGAAGCUCAGCAGAGAAGCCCAAACAGCAAGUCCUGGGUGAACGUAUAUUGUGUGCUGAAAGAUGGAAAGCUGACCUUCUAUAAGGAUGCCAGGAACCACAACACAACAUACAACGGGGAGCCUCCUGUUGACCUUAGUAACUGCUCGUUUGAUCCGUCGAUGGGAUACAAGAAGAAGAAAAAUGUCUUCAUCCUUCAAGUGAACGAUGGAAACAACUUCGUGUUUCAUGCAAAAGAUGAGGAGGACCUAAAGGCAUGGACUUCCACUAUCACCACCUGUAUAGCUGAGCACGAGGCCAUGGGCACGUGGGAUAAGCCAGGCACCUCAUCUAUGGAUCCUGACCGCUCUGAGAGGAAGGAGAAGUCGGAGGGAGAUGCAGACGCCAGGUCAGAGAGGUCCGAGCUUGUAGAGGGGGAGGAGAGGUCUGAGAAGGAGAGAUCAGAGAAAGGCGACGGCUCUGAGAAGUUAGACACAUCUGAAAUUGCUGACAAGCUGGAGGGUGGGGCGGGGGGCUCCAGCACGUCUGGAAAGAGCAAAUGAGAAGCCCUUUUUUGUUUUACUGCUACUCACUGACAAACAGCAUAGGAGGCAGGGAUGGAUGGAGAGCAUGUGCAGUUAGGUUUGCAGGUCCUCGGUCACACAGCUGGAACACACCGAGGCCACGGUCCUUUGAUUGACUAUUGUAACUGUGACAGACUAAUCUCUCAGCCUCUCCCCCUUCACCCAGGAAAUACAUCAGUGCUUGCGGUGGGCCACCUGCUGGUAGAUAGGAGGCCGGCCGGGUGGACAAACAGGCAGACAGACUCCAACAAAUGGUCCCAAGAAUUAGUCACUGUCACUUCCUAUUGUUGAUCGUUUAAUCUCUCGGAUUCACAGCAUCUUUGUUUAUGUAUCUUUGACUGAUAAUGUAAUGCUCUGUCUAUCUAGACAAACCUGAGAAGUGGCGAAUGAAAUGUUUCUCAAUAGUAAAAAAAAGAAAAAUGUUUUUGAAGCAAUAUACUUUUUUAUGUUUCCUCUUUGUCGGUGAGAGAAAUGGGGGAAAGGAAAUAAGAAGUAAUGUAGAAGCAGCUGUAAAUUCUCUCAUUUUUUUGUCACCUCCACGUAAGCUUACUCCAGGCAGUUGUGCACCUUAAACACUUGACACAUCUGUAUACUAAUCAUAGUGACAUUUAAUCCCGACACAUGGCUAGCUUUGACUCAUCUUAAUAUAACGGAAUGCUUGUGUUACCAACUGACUUCACUGGUGUCAUUUCCACAGUUCUUUUCUUUUCACUUCUUCUGAUUCUCAUUAUGAUUUAUCCGUAACGAUCCGUGUCCAGAGAAGAGCAUCCCUUCAAAUUCUGAUCCAUCGCCCCAAGGCAUGUUCAAAGUGGCAACGCUCAAAGUAACACUAAGCCUGAGACGAUGCCUUUGUGUACAUGACAAAAAAUCAGAACAUUGCAUGAAAUAGUCUUAGUGCACCUGUUAAACUUGCCUUUAUUUCUGUGUUCUUGGCAUAAAUCAGGCAGCACUGAAAUUGCAAUAAUCUAAUGUGAGCGGGUGGGUGGGUUGUAUUUGCUGUCAUAGACGACUUCUCAAAAUCCAGAGGGUUGUUUGAAAAAGCAGAGUUGUGUUCUCUCUGCAGUAAGCAUGAGAGGAAGAAGCCAAAUGGCCCUGCUGCUGUUUGUACUGUAUCACUGCUAUUUCUUUUCCACAGAAUGUACUGAUUUCAGGUACCCCCCUCCCCAUAAUGUCAAAACCUGAGCAGGUGUGUGAGAGACGAGACCUCUCUGUGCCCUUUGUCCUUCGUUUGACCUUCAAAGCAAUUGGAAUCUAUUUGUCAAAGACGAGUUACAUGUAAGUCAUGAAGUGUAUAGACCUAUCUUUGUAUGUAUACCAAUAAAACCUGUGCUCUAAUAAAACCAUACUCUGAAUCGGUAAAAAUUAAAACAUUUGUAUUAAUCCACAAAUAAAAUCAGUCAUCACUCAAAUAUAUUAAUGUUUAUUACAUUUAAAUACAAAUUAUGCAAAUUAGGAGUCACUAUUAAUUAUCACAGUGUAUAUACAAGUACACCAGUAUCUAGAUGUAUUAAAUACGUUGUACUGGGGAAGAGCAGCAGGUGUACUGUAGGUAUGCUUGUUGUAUUUUUAUAUGCAUAUAUUUAUUAUAUCAGACUGAAGAGUUGCCCCAUGUAAUAUUAGCUGAUUGAGUAGCCAGUGUUACUGUGGGAGGUGUGCUCAGUUUAUGGAUUACACACACAACAGGAUCAACUAGCCUGGGCAGUUCACUACCUGCUGCUCAGGGAAUAAAAGUAUUUUGUCAUCACAGUGAUUAUUUUGUUUUAUAAAAUAGUGCUCGUUUGUCGUAUAUGUGAGUUAUUUUUCCACACAUAGGUCCAAAUAGUCUUUACAGUGCUUAUUUUGGAGCUAAUGAGAAACUGCGAAUCUCCUGAAAUUUGUGCUGUGAGAAUGACUCGCAACACAAAGUUUUUCCAUACUGUCGAAUUGCACUUCUUCAGUUGUGUAAAAUGACUUCUUAACAGUCUUCCUUUCUGAAAACACCAAAAGUCCACUUUCACAUUACAAGAUUGCGAACAGAGAAGUUUUGCUACAAUGUGAAUGUUCUUUUGUUUUUUAUUUGUCACACACUGUUUGCUUUUACAUAAGUGCCAUGUCAUGAAAUCUGCUGGAACAGCGGGAAACAGUUGGUCCUUUAAUCAUGAAUAAUGUUUUGUUUGACCUGACACUCGUCUGCCGUUGCAAUACAUAUUCUCAGUCAUCUAAUUAGAUGCUUUGGUAUUUUCAUGUGGCUGUGAUUGUUCUGAUUCGUGGCAGAUACUUAGCCUGCCUUACCAUGUGCAUUUGAAAUGUUUGCUUCCCAUUACUUUUAUGAAACACAUAGGGGGAGGGGGGUGGGGGGGUAUUUUCCACUAUGUUACAGCAGUCAACGAACUAAAUAGGCAGCAUAAACGUGACUGAAGAGAAAAAAAAUGUGCAAAAAUCUGUUUCCUUCAUUGAUUGAUGGUCUUACAUGUGUGUAUGUCUUUGUUACCUUACAUUAAAACUUGCUGCUAUGACAUUAAAUAAACCUCCAAACUUGCUGAUGCAAAACUUGACGUGGAAUUGAUGUGGACACACGCAUACCUGCACACACCCACUGACACCACACACUGAUUUCAACUACAAGAUAAACGAGUGGUUUAUUACCGUCUUUCUUCUCAGAGUUGAGCUGAAAAGCCAGAGCAUUAUCGUCACAAGGUAGCAGCAGCAGUAACAACUUCACAUUCUCCAUGCUGAAGCCUUCUAAGGUUGUGUAACAAAUGUGGUGGUUGUAAUUUGCAUAUAACAGUAACAUACAAUAAAGUAUUUAUGGAUUAUGUAAACAUGGCCGAAACCUUCAUUAAACAUAGGGUUAGUCUUUGAGUGUACUGCGCUCCUCAUGGGAAUGAGCUGCAGGAGCCUUCAUACUGACACUUUGCUGCAAGAAGGAAUCGUUGCUGAAGGGCUCCAGACUGUAUCCAUACUGAGAAGUCAUCCAAAUGCUUUACAUCUCCUUCUGUACACACAGUAACCAGAGUACCAACAACAACAAAAGAUGUAUACUGUAUUCUUGGCUUUUUCUUAGAGCAACCAACUAAAGUUCUCCUAUCCAAGCAGCAUACGGUGCAUCAAAAAAAUUGGACAGAUGUGAAUAAUUAAUGUGAGUAAAAAUAAAGGUUUGUGCAUUUUUUUGCGGCACUCAAGUGCAGCCCUGUGCACGGUGAGAAAGAGCAGCAGUGAUGCAGGAUCUGUUCUAAAGACAUCCAUGUACACAGUGCGGCACAAAAUCUGCACAAUUCGAUGUAUAUUUGAAGAAUGUAAAGCUACAUCUGCCAGUAUGUAUCUGUGAAAAUAUGAAAUGUGGUUUUGUCUCAUAAAAUCUGUUCAUCCCUUCAUUUUGCUAUUGUCUUUUUUCCCCCUCUGUAGGUGUGAACACAUUUUUUAUAGAUCUUCACGGCGCAUUAAUAUGUUCCCGAUAAUCUUUUCUGGAAUUCUGACACAGAUUUGAUGAUUGCUGUCAAAAAUAAAUCCUGGACCUCUUCUUGUUCUAAGAUACUUGAUACAUAUUGACUCUGUUUGAUAAAUUGCACUAAAACAAUGCAUCUUUUCUCUUAUAUAUUAUUAAAAUGCAAUUGUAUUUUAAACCAAAACAAGACUACAGUAACGAUUCAGCAGACACUGUUUCAGGUAGUCUAGUUUCACCAGAGAACAUGCCCUCUGUGACAUUAUAGUCUAGGAAUGAGGAGUGGUUAAAUUAAAUGGAUCUUGACCUUUGCUCCACUCCUUCCUCUUUGGUCUGUACCUGGGUGAUAUACAGCCUGUGACAGGCAGCCUUCAGUCCUUGGACACACAUUCAUACUGAAGGAGGACAU